UUAGAUACAUUUCAUCAAACCAACAUGUGUAUAGAUCAUGUUAGAAUAUUUCUUAUUUGACCAUAAUCGAAGAAAUUUCUCCCCCUUUUCAUUGUUCUAUAUAUAUAUAAUCUCAACACCAUUUCAAUACCAACAAAAAUUCAUGAGUUUGAUCAUUUUACACAUUAGAAUUCAGAAACUAGAAAUUCAUCAACAUGGGUAAAGACCAUGAUCUUGUUCUUGAAGCCAUAGAUUAUGAUCAAGAAGAAGAAGAAGGAGAUGCUUUCUAUAAUGAGCUCAGAAGGCAAAUUUUAGUCUUGACAGAAGAUGAUGAUGAUAAUGAUGAAGAUUUUCUUGAAAACAAACAUGGAACCUCAAAGAGUGAUUCAAGGCAAAUCAGCUUGAAGAGAUCAAUCAAUUUUGAAACACAAUUAUUAGGAAGCUGCUACUCCAGCUGUUGGGAGAGUGAUGGAGGAAGUUCAGUCCCACCUUGGCUUGUAAAUUUGUGGAGAAAUGGUAAUGGAGGAACUGGGGUUUUCAUUCCUCAUAUUGUCAAAUCUAGAAGAAGACAUAAAUCAGGCAAGAAGAACAAUGGGAAGAGAAAAAUAAACAAGCAAGUUGAUGACAAGUAUUCUACUUGAGACAUAAGUUUACCCAAGUAUUCUACAUGUAUUUAAAUAAUUUGGAUGUAUUGUAGAGUCUUGAGGUUGGAUUUCAAUUUUGUUACAUUAGAAGUUUCCGAAUUGUAUUUUGAUCAAAUUUUAAAUUAUAUUGUGCAUAUUUAUGGAAUUGUUUUUCUUUGUAUAUGUGAUAGAAGGGAAGGAGAAUGACUAUACUUCCUUGGUUGUAAUAUAUUAUUCGUUAUUAAAUUUUAGUUUGUCAUUUUUUAAUUAGUAAA